CUGUAUAUAUCAAGAAAUUCAAGGGGAACAAUAAAAAGCUACUCUGAUAUGUCUGCACUUUAAUCCACCAAACUAUUACCUUCAAACGUAGUAUUGAUACUUCUUGCCUUCCAAAGUUUGAGGAUUUCAUCAUUAACUUGCAGAAAGGAACACAUUUUUUUCACAGAGGUUAUUGAAUGACUUUGGCAAGUUCAGGCCAGCUAUUAACUGAAAAGUAUUGUGUGUGUUGGAGGACCUAGAAUGGAUCACCCAGAGGUUCUCUUUUGGGAAAGCACCAGCACCGUGCCCGAAAUGCCAGAGAGUGGAAAGUCAUGGUCGCGCCGGGGAAGUGACGGUAGUGUUCAUGGAGACAGUGUUUUCGCAUGGCUGACGUUAAUGACAGCCCAAUGCUGUGCACUCACUGAAUGUUUUCAUUCCAGGAGAGCAUCAAAACCACUGAGUCCUUUCAAGUCAUCUUCUUUUACUGCAAAACCAGAAACCAUGCCGACAACUACUUUCACUCAAAUUGAAAUUAUUCCAUGCAAGAUCUGUGGAGACAAAUCAUCAGGAAUCCAUUAUGGUGUCAUUACAUGUGAAGGCUGCAAGGGCUUUUUCAGGAGAAGUCAGCAAAGCAAUGCCACCUACUCCUGUCCUCGUCAGAAGAACUGUUUGAUUGAUCGAACCAGUAGAAACCGCUGCCAGCACUGUCGAUUACAGAAAUGCCUUGCCGUAGGGAUGUCUCGAGAUGCUGUAAAAUUUGGCCGAAUGUCGAAAAAGCAAAGAGACAGCUUGUAUGCGGAAGUGCAGAAACACCGGAUGCAGCAGCAGCAGCGAGACCACCAGCAGCAGCCUGGGGAGGCCGAGCCGCUGACUCCCACCUACAACAUCUCGGCCAACGGGCUGACGGAACUGCACGACGACCUCAGCAACUACAUCGACGGGCACACCCCCGAGGGGAGCAAGGCAGACUCUGCCGUCAGCAGCUUCUACCUGGACAUACAGCCUUCCCCGGACCAGUCAGGUCUCGAUAUCAAUGGAAUCAAACCAGAACCAAUAUGUGACUACACACCAGCAUCAGGCUUCUUUCCCUACUGUUCUUUCACCAAUGGAGAGACGUCCCCAACUGUGUCCAUGGCAGAACUAGAACACCUCGCACAGAAUAUAUCUAAAUCACACCUGGAAACUUGCCAAUACUUGAGAGAAGAGCUCCAGCAGAUAACGUGGCAGACUUUUCUGCAGGAGGAGAUUGAGAACUAUCAAAACAAGCAGCGGGAGGUGAUGUGGCAAUUGUGUGCCAUCAAAAUCACAGAAGCUAUACAGUAUGUGGUGGAGUUUGCCAAACGCAUUGAUGGAUUUAUGGAACUGUGUCAAAACGAUCAAAUUGUGCUUCUCAAAGCAGGUUCCCUAGAGGUGGUGUUUAUCAGGAUGUGCCGUGCCUUCGACUCGCAGAAUAACACCGUGUACUUUGAUGGGAAAUACGCUUGCCCCGAUGUCUUCAAAUCCUUAGGUUGCGAAGACUUUAUUAGCUUUGUAUUUGAAUUUGGAAAGAGUUUAUGUUCUAUGCACCUGACUGAAGAUGAAAUUGCAUUAUUUUCUGCAUUUGUACUGAUGUCAGCAGAUCGCUCAUGGCUGCAGGAAAAGGUAAAAAUUGAAAAGCUGCAACAGAAGAUUCAGCUAGCUCUUCAGCACGUCCUACAGAAGAAUCACCGAGAAGAUGGAAUACUAACAAAGUUAAUAUGCAAGGUGUCUACAUUAAGAGCCUUAUGCGGACGACAUACAGAAAAGCUAAUGGCAUUUAAAGCAAUAUAUCCAGACAUUGUGCGACUUCAUUUUCCUCCAUUAUACAAGGAGUUGUUCACUUCAGAAUUUGAGCCAGCAAUGCAAAUUGAUGGGUAAACGUAUCACCUAAGCACUUCUAGAAUGUCUGAAGUACAAACCUGAAAAGCAAACAAAAAAUAUUAACCAAGACACUUUAUAUGGCCCUGCACAGACCUGGAGCGCCAACACACUGCACACCUUUUGGUGAUCGGGGUCAGGCAAAGGAGGGGAAACAAUGAAAACAAAUAAAAGUUGAACUUGUUUUUCUCAUGCAUAUGAUUUCCAUUAUGCCUACAGAUAUGGACCCUUUUCUGUCUCGACUUCUUGAUCGUUGACCUCUGUUUACAACAGAAGGAGGGUACUAAAGUUGGAGGAUUUCCUUUUCUUGUAGCUCACUGCCCACAGACUUUCUACAGAGUCACCAGUCUGUUAGUACUAAGAGAGUCCAGCAAUAAUCGGUGACUGGUGUGCAUAGCGGAGGUUGCAGCAUUACUUUGCACAACUUUGCUCUUUGUUUCAUGAAGGAAGUUUUUAUUUUUUUCACCGAUUAUUGCCAGUCAGCAGGACGGCACGAAAAGGGUCCAUAGCACUAGCAACAAUAGCAUUAUAAUAUAUUACAGGGUAAAUGGGCAUGAAGACUAUAUAUAGCUAAAAGAGAUAUUGUUUAUAUAUUGUUUUAAUUAAUAUAAAAUGUAGUUACUGGUGUAGCUUUUCCUGUUGAAUUGAUAAGGCACUUUCAUUUUGCACCUUUUUCUUUAAAUUAAAUGCUAGCGUGUUCACUGUCGUGUCGCAUGUGCACCAGAAACACAAGUUUAACUGAAAAGGCUUGGAAGGUACGUCGGGAGGUAUUUAUGCUGCUGUUUACAAAAUUACUUUUAAGGGACUGGCUGGUCAUAUCUAGAAAUCACAAUGUUGGAUUAUUUUUUUUUACAUGUGAAUUUGGAAUUAGAAAUGAAACUCUCCCUAAAUUACACUUUGCAUUUGGGUAAGUUUAAGGAUAGAUGUGUUUAUGCUUCAUACAAAGUUGAAUGAUGGAUUGGUGCUGUGGACUUAUUCUAUCAUGCACAUUAUUUUUAAAAAGCUUUUUGAAAUGCCACCUCAAGGAGGCAGGGGAGGGGAGGCUCGUUUUAUACAAUUCAGUAGUUAUCUAGGCUCAGUCUCAAGUUGGAAUUCACAUGCUUUGAGAACAAAUCAGAAAGCAGAAUAUUGUAUUAGAAUCUAGCUUUUAUAAUAAGAAGGAUCCAAAGAUUCUAUGUGGAGCAAACGUACACUCCCCAUGUGAGGACAUGAGGCAUUCAUGUUGUGAAUGUUUAUGUUCUUGGUAUAAUCUAGGAGCCCGAAGAGUUUAUCUCAGAGUGAACUAUUUCUAGAUUAGCUGCCUCUAGAUGCUAUUGUUCUAGAAUGUUGCUCUCUAUAUUUCAUAGACAAUGAAUGCAAUGAAUGGGAGGGUCGGGGAGGAAUACCAUGUCGAACCAGUUUCUGUUAUUUAAAUAUUAAGUAUUUUAAGCCUUUUAAGUGAUUAGUCAGUGCUUGCUGCAAACAUUUACUUUUGUAUUUAUUGUCACUAGAAAACUGUGGACUGUAAUUUAUUUUACUAAAUAUUUAGAUUAUUUGGCUUUGGUGUUCAGGUGAGAAAUAGUGAGGGUUUAUUUUAAAUUUUGUGGGUUUUUAAAUGUAAUUCCCAAUGGGGGAAGGGAGAAAGAGCUGUCUGAUGUACAAGUGUGCAUAUUUUAAAAACAAGUGACCUUUGGGAAUGGAGGCAUUUAGAGGGUGAUUUCAGUCCCCCUCAGGGCAGGAGUCAAACUUCUGGUCUGACAUCAAUGACCACGUUUGUUCAGAAAAGGGAACAUCCUCCCACAGCAAAAAGGUGGGAGUGUCCAAGCGGCCCUUUAUAGUGGAGACAGUGUCUCCUUCACCACCAGGGUCCCUCCUGAGUCUUCUGUGGGGACUGUGGCUCCUGAUGUGCCGGGUCACAGCUCAGGCUUCACAGAACCCUUCACUGUUUUAAACUCUGCUGACUUGGAAAGGGAGAAGCAAUCAUUCACACAGAAGUGUGUAUGAAGCCUAAAUAACAUCUAAAAAUUUUUUCAAAAAUAUAGUAAGGGUUUAACCAUAAAUAGAAGACAAGAGUAUUAUUUACUUAAAUUUCUUACAAGCAUAUAAAACUUUAUAAGUGUUUAUAUAGAGAGGUUAACUAUAAGCAUAUAGUAUUUAUAUUUGGGCAGGAAGGGUUAAAUCAAAUUUUUAAUUUAAAUAAGCAUAGUUCCUUUAAAAAUCAAUAGUAUUUAUACUCUGAAAAAAGUACCAAGUGUAGUUAUUUAUUUGUCCAUGUUUUUCCUAUUGUUUCUCCUCUGGGGGGAAUGGUGUAUUUUUACUUGGUUUGGUUUUGUUUUCUGUUUUUUAUCGUUCUGAUUCACUAAAUUUUAAUAAAGUAUAUUAACUUCUUUUUAACCAAAGCUUUCUGAAUAUGACCAGCCUCAGGUGCUAGUGCAUUAAAGAGCAACUAAACCUAAUUCCAGUGUCCAUUUAUGAAAUGAUACGAGUUAAUUGAACUUCUCUAAGGGUGAGAGAGCACUUAAUGUUGAACUUGAAAGAAAUUCCUUUUCCCAGAAAGGAUUUUGCAUGCACCUAAUGCAAAACAAAAAGAGAGAGAGAAAGAGAGAGAUGAUCUAAUCACAGUAAUAGCCACUCCAUGGUGACACUGCUUUCCAAGUAAACCAGGAUACAUUGGCAUGAUGCUGCUACUAGGUCUUCCUGAAAGAAAAGCAGCGUGGGGACUUUAAGAGCAAAGCACCUGGAGGGUGUAGGAACAGAGUAGUAGAGGCAUGCUCCAUGAGAUAAGAGAACAACUCACUGCUAUUUGGAUCAAAGUUGGGAUAUGAAGUUAAACAGUAAAUUCAGGUGGAAAAAAAAUGAGGUAUAGACAAUGGUGUGAAAAACUUUGCAUUUUUAUUUUCUUCUUUAUUAUAGAAAACAUCUGUGGGAUGAUACAAAAUAUUUGAUGAUAUGGAACAAUUAUUCUGACUAGUUCUUAUAAAGUUCCCUAAACUUGAAUGCCUGAUAGUCUUUUAAAUACUGGAAUCGCAUUGUCAUCCUGGUUGCUGUAAGGCCUUAUGUACAAUGUUUGCCAGUGAGGAAACGAGGCUUUUGCACAAAGCCUGAAUGAACUUCAGUUCUAGUGGUGUCCAAAUGGUUGUAGUUUGUCGUGAAGGAACUGGCCUUGGUCACAAUGCAAUCAAAAGUGCAGAUGAAAGUGCUUUUUUGGACAGUUGCAAAUUGUGUUAAAGCUGUGGAUUUUUUUAAAGCAUUCUGCAUCCUAGUUUACGUUAAAGCUAUGGAUUUUUUUUGAAAGUCUUCAGCAUCCUAAUUCACCCUUCCUAACUUAAAGAAAACAUGACUUAAGACACUGCUUCUAAGUUUGGUUGUUCUUUAUAGUGUGGAUACCCAGAUGUCUGUGAGCGUAUAGGGGUGGGCUGAGGGUCAAGUGAGGAGGGAAUGUGUGUGUGUGUGGGUUUUGUGUAUGAUGUGUGUGUGUCGGACCGCUUCUAGGCUACUAAGUGUCAAUGUAAAAGAAAAUGUAUUCAAAAUACUUAAAUCAAAACUAGAAGAUGGGGAAAAAAGAUUUAUUCUAUACAAAGCCUUGUCUGGACCACUUUAGAGAGACUUCUAUUUUUUUAACCCUUCUAUAAAUAUUUGAUGGCACUUGAAAUAUUCCUGCAAUAACAUGUGAUUUGUGUAAAGAAAAAAAAAGAUUUUGUAAUGUGAAACAAAGAAAGAAAGUAAUGUAAUUUUCUAAAAAAAAAUACAAACAAACAAACUUUGUAUUAUUUUCUUGAUGGAAUUUGUCUAUCUGUCUUUGGAAAACUUUUUAUUUCAUUGAAUGUGCCAUAGUAGAAAUAUGUGUUUUUAGUUUUAGACUAAGGAAUAGCUGUUUGUGUUCCGACAUUCCAGAAUGCAAAACAACCUAGUAGAAUCUUUAAUGAAAAGGUUUAAGUAGGAUGUAAGCUUCUCUCAUCGUUGCUUUUUUGCACAUGUUCUUCAUUCCUCUCUAGUGCAAUAUGUACAUAGAGCACUUGCGGGUGUACCUGGAUCCCUCAGGGAAAAAUACAUAUUUGUACAGUUGUUGUUGAUGUUAUUUUUUCCUUUUGUUUUUGGCUAAGGAAUGUCGACUGAAUCACUUGUUAUUGUUGAGGGGCAGCCAGAUAAUAAUCCUAAAGCCACUGUUUCUCAAACAUUGAUUGUUUAAAUCAUGUGUCCUUCCAGUGCUAUUAUUUUAAAGAUACUAAUAAUAAAAAGUUAUUUUCUGACAGUUCUUUGUGCUGAUUGGUGAAAAAAAAAGGGUAAAUAAGCACCUUAUGAUUGACUUACUGUGAAUGACAAUCCAUCUUGGUAUCAACGAUAGAAGCCCUAUCAUUUGGAGUUGGGGUUAAGAGUCAGAAACAAUGUGCUCAGGGAUCUUCUAAAACUCUUCAAACAGGGUGGCCAGUACUACUGGGACAAAUUGUGUUUUUUAUUAUUAAUCAUGAUGAUAAUACUAUCCCUCCAAGGCACAAGUGAACUGUAUAGAACUAACUGCAUGUGUGUAUAAACUUCACUAUCAUCUCAUUUUUUUGAGUUUGGAACUUAGGUGUUCUUCAGUGUGUUGUGUGCUUAAAAACACUGAAUGGCUUCUAGAGCUACGCCAGUAGAAAGUUACGCCAGUAUGUUCAAAAGAUAAAUGUUGGUCACAUACCAACAGAGAGCAUCGUUCAAAGUACAGCCCUGCAUAUACCAUUCAUCAUUUCUCAAAUAAUUAAAAUAUUCAUGAUAUAUUUAUAGCAUUAUAUGCUAAAAACUACUUCCAGUUCUACAUAAUAUGGAUAAAAAAAUUUAAACCAAAGGAGAUGAGGGACCUGCCUAUUGAUGGAGUGAGACAGGUAAAAGAUACAACGUGUAUUUUUGUUAAAGAUUUUGUUUAUUCAUUUUUAGAGAGAAGGGAAGGAAGGAGAAAGAGAGGGAGAGAAAUAUCAAUGUGUGGUUGCCUCUCACGCACCCACUACUGGACCCACAACUCAGGCACGCAUCCUACUAGGAACUGAACUGGCGACCCUUUGGUUUGCAGCCCAUGCUCAAUCCACUGAACCACACCAGACAGAGCCUACAACAUGUAAUUUUUAAUGUCAGCAAACAACUAUUGUUUUCACUGUAUUCUCCUUAGGAAGCAAGCCAAAAAAAUUCCUUUAUGUAACACAAUUCUCCUAUUUUCAUGUUUAUAGUUUUUAAUCUGUUACCCACCUGGUAACAAUAACAUGAGCCAGCUUUUUGGGUCAUGUUUUCCAUUUUUGAAAUACAGAUUUGUUAACCAUGUUCCAAUACUUUUCAUAAAGUCAGUCAACCUCAGUGUAAUUGUUGGCUUUGAUUCUUCCAUUUCACACUUGGAAUACACAUUCAGAGAAAGCUUCUCGUACUUUCUUAGGACCACACAAGAGUAUAAUCUGGGAAAACUUUUUAUGUCAUUUAGAUGAAAAAAAAAAAGCCUUUACCCUGCUGUUUUUAAUAAUAACAACUAUGGAAAUAGGCAGAAAUAUCUCAUAUGUAUACAUAUACAUACACACAUAUCCAUAUAUGAAUACACAUUACUGACAGUUUUACAUAUUAUAACAUUUGAUUGCCACUUCUUAUUUAUAAAGGGAUGACACAGCAGAACCCAUAAAAACAGCUUUCUACUCUAAAUCAGAUCAUGUGCCCAGAAAGGCAAUUGCAACAGUAAAUCUUGAUCCAUUGCUAAUAGUCUAUAACACAAGUCUUCAUUCUGUCCGUAAACACUAGUAUUAUAAAGAGGUUCCACCAGAUUUCAUUAAAGGGGCCUUCCUAUGAUUGUCUGUUCUUAAGAGGUAAGGUGAACAAGCAAUGCCUUUACCAAGCAAUUGGUUUCCCUUCUGAGUCCGUUUGCUUGUUUGUUAGUGUAGGUGAAAUCAGUAUUGUUAGACACUCAGAAAAUUUUAAAAAUAAUCUCAAAGCCUGGUUUUAUACCAAGGAUACUUUGUAGAUGGGGAGGUGGAGGAGGAGAUCUUCAUGUUUAAACAGACCCUCAGAACUUAGAGCAAUAACCUCAUUCAUUCAUUCAUUCAUAAAUGAAUGACAAAAUAGUCAAUCCAAAUAAAAACAUUUUUCCAGCAGUGAAACAUGAAAUGGAGUCUUGUGUUAAGAGAGUAAAUAUGAAUAUUUUAAAUGGAUGCCUAGAGAAUCUGUGUUUGCUGUUUACAUUUAGUAUGUUUACCACGUUAGCAGUAUCACACUUCUUCUAUUUUUCUUCUAAGAA